AGAUCCAGUUUUGGUUCAAGAGACGAUCCCUUAGCCCAGUUUAGUCUGAGCUGACCUGAGGCAAACAUAACCCACCAGGUUUUAGGCGUAAAAUUGGAGCUUUAACUAUAUCGAAAUCUGGUUACUCUUGGUUUGUUAAAAUAGUUCUUCUUGUUUUUUCCUUUUGACUUCAACUUAUUCGUGCAUAUUUUCAGCUAAAAAAAGAUACAAAAGGAACGCCCACUUGGAAGUAUAAGACAGCUCAGGUGUGGGGAAGACAGGCUCAUUCAAAAAAAGACAAAGAACUGUAGGAACAGCUGCGACUGUCAACAUGGCUGGGACACAAUUUGCCGGGUUCACAAGCGGAAUAGAUCCAAGGGAGAGGAGAAUUAUUCUAGUCGGGAAGACUGGAGUUGGGAAGAGUGCCACAGGAAACACCAUCCUUGGGAGGGAGGCUUUUGAGUCAGACCUGUCUCCAUCUUCCCUGACGGCAGAAUGCCAUAAAGCCAGGGGCGUCGUUAACGGUUGGAAUGUGGCCGUUAUUGACACUCCAGGAUUGUUUGACACAAACUUUACUCAAGAGGACGUGUUGAAGAAAAUCAAGAUGUGCAUCUCUCUGUGCGCUCCGGGUCCUCACGCCUUCCUGGUGGUUCUUGAGUUGGGCAGGUUCACGCAGGAGGAGAAGGAUACCGUCAAGAUGAUCCAGGACACCUUUGGAGAAGAUGCUCAGAGGCACACAAUGGUGCUGUUUACUCAUGGAGACCAGCUGAAGAAUCAGACCAUUGAAAACUUUAUUUCAGAGAGCAUAGACCUGCGAGCCCUGAUUGACAAGUGCCAGGGCAGAUACCACGUCUUUAACAACGAGAUCAAAGAUCCAAAGCAGACCUACUUGCUUUUAGACAAGAUUGAAGAGAUGGUUGUGGCCAAUGGUGGAGGGUACUACACAAAUGCAAUGUUCGAAAAAGCAGAGGCCGCCAUAUUGAAGGAAAAGGAGCGAAUUCUGAAGGAAACAGAAGAACAGCAGAAGAGGGAGCUGAACCAGCUCAGAGCCAGAUACAGUGAAGCCGUUUACCGCAGAGAGGAGACCAAGGUGAUCAUGCACUACCACCAGGAGGCACGCAAAAGAGCUGAGAAGUCAAACGAAUUCCUCGCCGCACCAACAAUCGCUAUAGCCACGACCUGCGGUGCCGCCAUUGGAGGUGUGCUGGGUGUGUGUGGCGGACCAAUCGGAGUGGCAGUCGGGAUCGCUGCUGGAGCUGCAGUCGGAGCUGCUGUUGGAGCUUUGACAAUAUCAGUUAACAAAAAAUGUCACAUUCAAUAACACAAGAGGGGCCAAUUCAGCUCUCAGUCUGUUUCUGAUUAAUGUAGAAAUACGUAGAGCUUUCAACAGCUUCUUUUCUGUCAACUUGAUUUUGCAUAGAUUAAAUCAGUAAACACGCAUGCUUGAUAGGAUAAAAAUAGAUUUGUCAAAUUCAAUGCUACAUUUCUCUUUAUUCCUGAAAUGAAAUGCUAUAUAUGAGUAUGAAUCGUUCUUUUAUUCUGUUCUAUAUAUUGAGAAUUUUCUAAAUAUUAAGGGAUUAAGGGAUCUGGAGAUCUUGGGAAGUUGUAAAUUGUCUGAAAUCAAGUCACAAACAUUAGUCCAGUGACAGCACACCAUUGUGUACAUCUAUUUAAUAUGAAAUUAUUGUGAUUUUCUUUCCACUUUUUCUUUUGAUUUUAAAAACUGUAACAUUCUGACAUUUUACAAAUUAGAAAUAAAGACAAAAAUGACAUGAAAAUAAAAGUCUUCUUUCUAUUUUAAACAUAGCAAAACUGUGUAGCCUUCAAAUUGAUUUAUUUCAUAUUAAUGAUGUUUGAUUCAUGGUCUCAAUAUACUAGUUUCUAAAUUUGAGGUUUUGUGGGUGGUAUAUAUUCUGGUAUACUGCUGGUGACUUUUUUUGUUUUGCUUUUUUAGGCUUUCUUGUUUAUUGUUUUACAUAAAUAAAGAUAAAUUUUCGCCAUGAUGA